AUGAACACCAAUGAUUUUAUAGUUCUUCCAUGGGGAAAAUCUGGAAACUCUGUAAAAUUAAAAGCGAAGAAUGUACGAGAACUGAGGUUGGAGAAAGUACAGUUAGAGCUGGAAACCCAAGAGAUGGAGAAGAAACUUCAGCAAUUACAAUCAAGCAUGAGCCGAGAGAAAGAAGAAAGAGAAAGGUCAAGUGGCUUUCACUGGAAAUCUGGACAGCCAGGCAAAUUGGCUAAUCAAUCACAAGUGAUGUCACAAAAUAAAGAAAAUGUUGCCAAGAUUUCUCCAGGAAAAGUGAAAUUAAGAAUCCUGAAGGAUCAGAUUCAAGAAAUACCAAAACAAACAUCUAACUCUAAAGCAUCAAACACGUGUACCCAGGAUAAAGUGAAGACGAAGUUCAAGAUCUGUGGACAGUGUGAGAACAAGUAUGCAUUACUAGUUUGCCUUGAAUGUGGAGAAGAUUAUUGUUCAUCCUGUUUUGCUAGAAUCCAUCAGAAGGGGGCAUUAAAGCGCCAUCGAACGACUCUUUUACAGACAAGAGCCCAAGUUCUAUCCAGAUUAGAUAUUGCCCAUCGAUUUUUAAAGGAAAUUUAUCCUGAAGAAGCUCAAGACAAACAGAAGUUGAAAAAAGAGACUAUAAAAAAUGAGAAAGCCCCCAAAACAACACCUCAGCAGAUCAGUGACUUUGAGGUAGAUCCUACAGCACCACAAAAGGCUGAAUUGACCAAUGAGACUGGUGGGCUCCUGCUUCAAGGUUCAUUUGAUGAAGAGGAAUCAGCUAAGUCAUUUCAAGAAAUUUUAUCUCAGUGGAGAAAUGGCAGUCAGGAAAACAAAGAGAAACAAGUUCAUCAGGAGGCUGAAACCCAACCAGGUAGAGAUUCAUUUUCACAAAAUUCUGAGCAAAUGGAAGCAUCUGAGGCACAGACAAAUCUUAAGAUUUGGAGAGAACCACUUAAAAUUGAAUUUAAAGAAGACAGCUUAACUUAUGUGGAAAGAUUAUGGCUUAAGAAGCAUCGACGGAACUUACUCCAUUCUGCAAAGAGCAUUUCACAAGAGAAGGAAAUAAGUCCAUCUCUACCUAUUAGUGAGACAUCUUCUCCUUUAAUACCUUCUACUGAAGAGAUGGAACUAAGUGAAAAACAUAACAUUGAAGAAGAUGAACAGAUAAAAGAAAAGGAUCUGACUCCUUGCUUACCAGAACAACAUGAAUUAGAGAAACCUGCGUUAGCUGUAAAGAUAGAGGAACUGGAUGAUAAUUAUGAAGAGGAACCUGGAGAAUCAGAGAGUUCUGUGCCUUACAAAGUUGAAUUAGCUAACACCGAUUGUCAACAAAGUUGGGGAAUUGAUGAAUAUCAGAAGAAUAAUUUUCAGUUUGGAAAAGGCAUACCCUUUUCACUGGCAAAGGCCUCUCACGCAUUUCAACGGCUUGAAAAUUUGACAAGGGAUAAAGACCUGCUUUUUCACUGCAGCAGCAUCAUCUCUUCAUCCCUCGAAGAGAAUUUGAAAGUUUCAACACCAAGAAGUUCAACUCCAGAUUUUUCUAAAAUAACAGAAAGAAUGGCAGCUGUUUCCAGUGAAAAACAUGUAACCAAAAAGAAAAGCUUUUUAUUGGAAAACAGAAAACCUGAUGAGAAAAUCUAUGCUUCACAUCAAAGGGCCCUUUACCACUCUAACUUGGAUUUAGGAGAUUCCUAUGGUGAAAGAUCGACCUACAAUUGCAAAGUUUCCCUGCAAGGGAAGAGUUUUCAAGAGAAUAAUAAUUCACAAAGACCUAGGUCUACAAAGCCAUCAAAGUUACAGAAGAUUGCACUCAGAACUAAGCCUGUAAUGGAACAAUAUCAAGGACUUGAGAAAUUCUUUAUCUUUGGUAAAAGCCCUUUGAGGGAAAGGUUCAAAUUGAGUCUGGCAAUGAGAUCAGAGAGCAGCCUUUCCAACAGCAGGAUUACACUUGCAGGAAAUCGACAAUGGAUAUCAGAGAAUAGUUUAAGUGAAAAUGCUGAUGAUUCAAUAGUUCAAGAUGUUAUUUGGAAUAACCAGAAAAAAUCAUUAGGUCUGUUAAAAACCCAAAGAGGGCGUUCUUCCCAGAGACCAUCAUCAGCAAAUAUACCUCUAUGUAAAACAAUUCUUUAUGGCUCCCCAAGCUACAUGUCUCUUCACGAAAGGCCAAGAAGCGCAGCUUCUCGGCCGUUAUCCAGAGCUACUUCGGAAAUAUCAGAAAUCGAAUACCUUGAUAUAACAGACCAAAAUGAACCUUUCCUUGAAGAUGCUGCUGAUGAUCAAACUUUAGACAGUUUGGAAAGAGAAUUAAACACAUUAAAGAAUCUUUCAGGGCUGUUGGAUUACACAGUGUCUGGAGAUCUCAAAGAGGCCGAGGUUCAGAAUCUGGGGCACUGCAGUGUGGUAGUGGAGCUUGCUGUUGGCUUGCACAGGUAUUCCUCAGUGGGGCUUUGUAGUGAGUACUGUGUAGCCUGGCUGUGGGCUUUGGGUCCCCUCUUACCCCAGUGA